AUGACUCUCCCUAGUUCUGUUGAACGGCCAAAUGCUGAACAAGGAGUCCCGCUGAGCAGCUUCAGGGCCAUCUUCAUAGCAGCACUCCUGAUAUUGACUCAACUGGUUCAGAUAGCACCCUUUGGCGCUGGCGUGGCUGCCGCUUCGAGUAUUGGGCGUGAAUUCAACGUAUCUGACCAUCAAAGCGCGUGGAUUGCAGCGUCUUACCCCUUGACACAAGGAGCCUUUGUCCUUGCAGGUGGCCGCGUAGGUGCUGUGUAUGGUCAUAAGCAUACGUUUUCUGUAGCCAGUCUUUGGUGGGUCAUAUGGACUUUGCUCAGCGGCUUUGCACCCAAUAUUAUUGCGUUGAGCUGCUUUCGUGGCCUUGCAGGAAUUGGAGGAGCUUUCAUGGUGCCAAACGCCAUUGCGCUUAUUGGUAUUACCUUCCCACCAGGAGAGAUUCGAAAUAUAACAAUAGGGUUGUUUGGUGCUAUGGCCCCCGUCGGCUCAGCGCUUGGGAAUUUCCUGGGUGCGCUUUUCGUGCAGCUGACUAAAUGGAAAUAUCUCUUCUUUUGCCUGGCAAUUGUCGGAACUAUUGUAUUCACUGCUGCAUGGAUCCUCUUACCGGCAGAGGAUCAGCCAUUAGACCCGGAAGGAUCUAUUGACUAUAUCGGAGCUUAUCUGGGUAUUGGUGGCUUGGUGCUAUUCAACUUUGUCUGGAACCAGGCACCAGUCGUUGGAUGGGCUACUCCGUAUGAAUACGUGUUGUUGAUACUAGCAGUACUGCACUUUGCUGGCUUCGCUUUAUGGGAAAGAAAAUACGCGAAGCAGCCCAUUAUGCCCAUGAAUAUUUGGGCAGCACCGUCAUUCUUCUCCCUGCUCGUGGUGACGCUCUUCUGCUUCAUGAGCACGGGUAUUUCGAUCUGGUACUUCAGCAUAUGGAUGCAGACAGCCCGACACUGGUCGCCAUUGUUGACCUCUGCUGGAUUUGUGCCGCUCGGUGUAAUGGGCGCCGUAGGUUCUGUUGCUGCAGCGUGGCUCAUCCCAAGGCUUGCGGCGCAAUACAUCCUUGCAAUUGGUGCAACAUGCAUGACAGUAUCGUGCAUCCUCUUUGCAAGUAUGCCUGCUGAGCAAUUAUACUGGGCGCAGGCCUUUCCAGCCAUGAUCUGUCUUGCGUUCUGUCCAGACUUUGUUUUCACUGCGGCUCAGAUCAUCACCAGCAACUCUGUUAGACUUGAGCAUCAGGGUAUCGCGGGCUCACUUAUCGGCACGCUGAUGACCUACGGGAUGUCAACCGGUCUUGGCUUUGCGGGGACUGUGGAAAUGAAGGUCAACAAUCAUGGUGUCGAUAUUGUCAAGGGUUAUCAAGGGGCAUUCUAUCUCGCUGUAGGAUUGGCUGCCGCAUCCCUCGUGCUAGAUUUAGCAUUUGUCAGAAUGCCAAAAGAUGCACGUGGAGCGUAG